CUAAAAGACUAUAUGACUAAGAGUCUCAAAGACUCAAAGACUAUAAGACUAUGUGAGGGAGCCAGUCCGUCUAUGAUUUUAGGUGGCGUUUUCCCCCUACACGUAACCGCAGCCUGCACUGGCGUGCCCACUCACACACAUCCGGAUACCGAGUUUGUUUUGUGUCUUGCUUUUAACUUGUUGCUUCUAAAUUUACUUUGCUAAUUGUUCAUAGUUUAAAGUAAAUUAAUCAACGUGUUAUUUUACUAAACGUGGUGAAAAUUUAAAGUGAAAAAGUAAGAAUCCACAGAGGAAGGAGUAAACAUGGACUCAGAGUACAUAAAAAAGCACCUGGGACACUGUUUGGCAAAGGGUCUUGCUGAAGUGGCUGAGCAGCGCCCCAAUGACCCAAUCUUGUACCUCGCUCAUUGGCUUUACAAAUACAAGGCCAACGUGAAAUAUGAGACACAGAAAAAGGCUGCAGCGGCUCAUAUGGAGGAAGAGUUGGCCAAAGCCAGAAAAGAAGCAUCACACCUUCAGAAGCUACAGGAGGAAGACAGAAAGCUCAACGAGGAAUUUGAAAAGUCUAAACAGCAGUACAAGAAACAACUGCAGUACCUGAUACACCUGCUCCUGAUGCACAAAUAG